AUGAACAGCGCACGCCUCACGAGGUGCCGCCCUUGCGCGCCCUCCUCACGGCUCAUUUGUGCGCCAACCGCGUCUCAUCGCUUGCUUCGCCCUCUUGCUGCCCGAGACAGCCGUCCUUUCUCCGUCUCGCACUUGCGGCCGAAGCACGACGGUGACCCGAGGUUCAGAGACCUGGGCAAACAGAUAUCGGACGAGUAUGCCGUCGUUAGAGAACACUAUGACCAUAAUGAUCCACCCGCACUUACACGCCCGCCAGACACGCCAAAGAACCCCAUCGUCCUCGCCCACGGACUGAUGGGCUUCUCCGAACUGCGCCUCGGCGCCUAUGUCCCGCCGAUCCACUACUGGCGCGGCAUCUCCGACUCGUUGAGCACCCUCUCCGGUCCGUCCAACAUCAUCACCACCUCCGUCCCGCCCUCGGGCUCCAUCGAGGAGCGCGCCGCAAAACUGGGCGCCGACAUCGCCGCCAAAGCCGGCGGCCGCGCCGUCAACAUCGUCGCGCACUCCAUGGGCGGGCUGGACGCCCGCUACAUGAUUUCCCAUCUCAAGCCGCGCGAUGUCAAAGUCCUUAGUCUCGUCACCGUAGCGACGCCGCACCGCGGGAGCGCGUUUGCAGAUUAUCUGUUGGAUGGGCAAGGCCCCAUCAAGCUCGCGAAUCUGUACGGGCUCAUUGAGCGUGCCGGGUUGGGGACGCAGGCUUUUGAGCAGCUUACGCAGCGGUACAUGGAGGGAGAAUUCAACCCUGCUACCCCUGACAGCGAUGAGGUGCGGUAUUUUAGUUAUGGCGCGUGUACGGACCGGCCGCCACUACUGAGCCCGUUUCGGCAAAGUCAUUGGGUCAUUGAGGAGGCCGAGGGGGCGAAUGAUGGGUUGGUGAGUGUUGUGAGUAGCCGGUGGGGAAAGUAUCAGGGCACGCUGCUGGACGUGAGCCAUUUGGAUUUGAUCAAUUGGUCGAAUCGGCUCAAGUGGACGUUGCGCAAGGUGUGGAUGGGGCAGACGAGGACGUUUAAUGCUGUUGCGUUUUAUCUCGAUAUUGCGGAUAUGUUGGCCAAGGAGGGUUUAUGA